UAAAGAAGAUGACUUAAUAAAGCAUGAAGAGCAUUGCAAAAUAUUAAAUAAAUGUAGAAUUAGACUGCCUAAUGAAGAAAAUAGUUUGAUAAUGUUUAAAAAUCAUCGCUACAAUGAAAAGUUACCUUUCAUAAUCUAUGCAGACUGUGAAUGUUUGUUAAAACCAAUAAGUCAAGAUGAAAAAACAAACACGCAACCAAUACAAAGUCAUGAAAUUUAUAGUAUAGGUUACUAUCUGAAAUGUAGUUACAACGAUUCACUAUCAAAAUAUGCCUUUUAUAGAGGACCUGAAGCGUCAAAAUGGUUUGUUGAACAGUUAAGAAACAUAGAAAAACAAAUAAGUGAUUUAUAUGCGAACCCUUUACCUAUGCCAGUUCUAUCUCAGACUGAAUUAAUAGGUUAUUAUGAUUCAAAAACGUGUCAUAUUUGUAAAAAAUUGUUGAAUGAUGAUGCAAAGGUGCGUGAUCACUGUCAUCUCACUGGAAAAUAUCGAGGACCUGCACAUGCUACCUGCAAUCUAAACUAUCAAGAUUCAAAAAUAGUUCCAGUUGUGUUUCAUAAUUUAAGUGGUUAUGAUGCACACUUUAUUAUUACUGAUGUAUCAAACCAUUUUCCAGGAUAGAUUGACAAGAAAAGGUGUUUUACCCUAUGAAUAUAUAAGCUCAUGGGAAAAACUAGAAGAGUGUAAGUUGCCUGAAAAAGAGGAUUUUUUCAGCAUUCUCAAUGACUCAUCGAUAUCUGAUCGAGAUUAUGAGCAUGCACAAAAUGUAUGGAGUACAUUUAAUAUACAAACACUUGGCGAGUACUCAGAUCUUUAUACGAAGACUGAUGUUUUGCUGUUAGCAGACGUUUUCGGAAAUUUUCGAGAUCAGAGCAUGAAUGUUUAUAAUCUAGAUCCUGCUCAUUAUUACACUACUCCAGGCUUUUCCUGGGACGCUAUGCUCAAACAUACAGGUGUACAAUUAAAACUUCUAACAGACAUUGACAUGGUACUUUUUAUAGAACGAGGAAUUCGAGGUGGUUUGAGUCAGUGCUCUAAUCGGUAUGCAGCAGCUAAUCACAAGUACAUGCUUGAAAAGUAUGAUAAAGAUAAAGCAAAUGAAUACUUGAUUUAUUUAGAUGCAAAUAAUUUAUAUGGAUUUGGGCUUUAGUGUCUUCCGUAUGAUGAAUUUCAGUGGCUUGAAAAUUGUGAAAGUUUUGAAUUGUUUUCCAUCGCAUCAGACGCUUCUCAUGGUUAUAUUUUAGAAGUAGAUUUAGAUUAUCCUCCUGAAAUACACGAUGAUCAUAAUGAUUUACCAUUCUGUCCAGAACAUGCAAAACCUCCGGGAUCUAGGCAGGAAAAACUUUUAGCUACACUUCAACCUAAAAGAAAUUACGUUAUUCGUUAUAUUGCUCUGCAACAAGCUCUUUCAAACGGUCUUCGACUCGUUAAAAUACAUAAAAUUCUAAAAUUUAAGCAGUCUUCCUGGCUCAAAUCAUAUAUUGAUUUGAACACUAGUAUGAGGGCAGUAGCAAAAAAUGAAUUUGAAAAAAACUUUUUUAAACUAAUGAAUAAUGCUGUAUUUGGCAAGACCAUGGAAAAUAUUAGAAAACGAGUUACAGUCAAACUAAUGAGUAAAUACGAUGGAAGAUAUGGUGUCGAAGCUCAAAUUUCGAAGCCAAACUUUCACAGUAGUUCCAUAUUUAAUGAGAAUCUAGUUGCAAUACAGUUAAAUAAGACUGAUAUACUUAUGAAUAAGCCAAUCUAUGUUGGGCUUGUAGUUUUAGAUCUCUCCAAGACACUGAUGUAUGAUUUUCAUUAUAAUUAUAUACGGCAAAUGUACAAAGAUAAUUGUAAAUUAUUAUACACAGAUACUGAUAGUUUUAUAUAUGCUGUUAAAUGUGAUGAUUUUAAUGAAGAUAUGAAGAAGAAUAUUCAUAAAUUCGAUACAUCAAAUUAUCCGGCAGACAAUGUAUUUAAUAUGCCAUGUGUUAAUAAAAAGGUCGUAGGACUUAUGAAAGAUGAAUGUAAUGGUCAGAUUCUUACAGAAUUUGUUGGAUUGAGAAGCAAAAUGUACAGUACACGUGUUAAUAAUCAAGAUAGUAUGAAAAAAAUCAAGGGUAUCAAAGCUUCAGUUGUAAAGAAAACCAUUGAAUUUAAUGACUAUUUGGACUGUCUACGAAAUUCACGCAUUCAGAGUCGAGAGCAGUACGCUAUAAGAUCCAAACUUCACAAGGUGGAGACCAUUAGACAGAGGAAGAUUGCUCUCAGUCCUUACGAUGAUAAAAGAUUUCUUCAAGAUAAUACUAUUGAUACGAUUGCCUGGGGGCACUAUCAAAUAUUACAAAAUGGAAACAUCUGAUUCCAGCAAAGAGAAGCGUGUACGAUUCAAGGAAGAUCCAACCAUACACUUGAUGUAUAAAUGGAAAUUUGCGCAUCAUGAAGCUCGAUGUGGCAAGUGGGAGCAGGUUGCACGCGAUCGACAACGUUUUAGGAGAAGAAUUUUACAAAUAAAUGAAAUUAUAUUGCCAGUAAUUGUAAAAAAAUUGAAGGAAAUGUAAAUAAAUAAACAAUAAAUUUUACAUCAAUUAUAA